AAUGAAUCUACAAUGGAAGUUAGUGAUUGGAUGAAAAGAGAUAUCAGUGAUAUUAUUUCAAAAACAGAAACAGGUAUCAACGAAUCAAAGAUUAAUGUAGAGAAUCAUGUUUACACAACUCUGAAAAAAUAUCAUUUGAAUUCUGGGUUGUUUGGUCAACUUAAUUAUAACUACAAUCAUAGGGUAAAGCAGGCUCUCCAAGAACAUGAUUACACACCUGGUUUGUUUUAUCCAUUACCUCUAAAACCCAAGUUUAGCCACCAUAAGGAUACCUGGCAUGUUCCACUGCAAAGUAGUGCUCAAGCUAAUAAUUCUGAAACAACUAAUCAGCAUAGUACACAGGGUAAAGGAACCAUUGACACUCAGCAAACUCCUAUGUAUGAGCAUACAGAAACAAAGAAAAAGGUGGAUAUUUUGAAAGCAAUAAUAGCAGAUAGCAAAAAAGAUUUAAAUGAUAAACAGGAUGAAGUACACUUAUCUAUUCCUAAAUGGUCAUGUUUAAAACCACUUGGAUUUAAUUAUCAUGCUGUAGAACAAAACUCAGAAGAUUGGCUAAAGUUAAGAAUCGGUAAAGUCACCUGCAGUGCAAUUGGUAAUCUAAUUGGUUUUUCAGGAAAAAAAGAGCACCAACACAUAUUAACAUGCAUUACUAAUAACAUUGAUCCAAGUAAAGUCAGACCUAAGAAAUUCAAAAGUUUUGCUAGGGGACAUGAAUUUGAAAAUGAGGCCAGAGUGACUUUUGAAGCAUUCACUGGUGUCCCUGUCAGUACUUGUGGUUACUUUACCCAUCCCAAUGAUAAUAAAUAUGGAGGAAGUCCUGAUGGGAUUGGACCAGCAUAUUUGCUAGAGAUCAAAACUAGAAUUGCAGGAAGCAAGGAACCAUUAACAGCAAUAACUGCAGAUCAUUUAUUGCAAACCAAUUUUCAGAUGGCUCUAACAGGGGCAACUAUUACAUUUUUGCAGUCUUAUUUGCCAGAAACAAAGUCUUCAAAUGUGUUUUUAAUUGAAAGAAAUAAUCUUCUUCUAGAUGUAGUUAAGAUGGUAAUUGAUCACAUGAUAACUAACACUAUAAUUACAUCAUGGGCUCACGAGGAAGUAAAUUUACUAAAAAAAGCAGGCGAACUCAACCUCAACAAAGUCCCUACAUUUGAGUCUUUAAAACCACUCAGGACAUGGGUCAAGAAGCAAGCAGCAAAAGUCAGUAGAGUACAUUUUUUAUAA